UACAUGUCGUGGACAGCUGUAUAGAAACAUCGGCAUCACAACCUCACGGAAAGAAACCUGAGAAUACGGAGCUGAUGGGCCCGCAAGAUCCUAUGGGCAAGAUUGCGUUGUCAGUACACUGAGAGAGAUUGGGAUGCAAAGAAGAUUGUGAAUAAUAUGGUCAUCACCGCUGCAGGGAAGCGAAAAGAGAUAAAGGAAGGAUGAUUUCGAAAAUUUAUGGGAACACGGACGUUUGUUCAUGUUUGGGCACCAUGUCAAGAGACAAAGCAGGGACAAACACCGCGCCAUUGCCCCCACUCCGUUUCGGCACCACCACCACCACACACCCUCGGCGACCCUGCGGAAACGGUGUUGGCACGUCGUUUCCUUGUGGGUCCAUGAAGGCUUCUCGGUGUCUCGUUUGCCAAAACAGUUCGCAUGCCCUAUGGCAUGUCAUAUAAGAGUGACAUCACUACCGCCUCUGUUCUGGGAGGCCUGAGCAUCAGCAUCAAGCUAUCCAACAAGCACUCUCAGAUCAUUUAACUCACUCUCAUCCUCUCGAACACCAUCAUUCUCACAUACCACAAUGUCUUACACCCUCGCUACCUCCCACACCGCCUUCCCCGUUACUCCUGCCGCAUCCGGCCAACUCUCUCUCCUCGGACAGUCUCCACGCGAUAAUCACGCGAUGUACGAAGACCUGCGUCUUGCCAUGCACUCAUCUAGCAGACAGUCGCCUGAGCGGCAGAGGACUACCAGCGGGAGCUCGAUAAAGUCUGGCCUGAAGAAUAUGUUCAGCGGACUAUAGAUUCAUUAUAUCAAUCCUGUCGAGGUCCCCCAGCGAGUCUCGUACACGAUUCGAAGUCGCUAUCUUCUUCCCGGCCCUGAAGCCAUACCUCUAGUUUGUGUUGCUUUAUACGCCAAUGUCGAAUGCGGUUUCGCGACC